AUGGUUCAAUCCAACAAAUGGGACAAGAAAGCGAAAUUUCAAUAUAUGAAGAAACAUGGUAUUUUGCCUGCACCUUCCGAAAAUACUUUCCUGACUCCCAAAUGGAGCAGCAAAAAGAAAAAAGAGAGGAAACCAACAAUUCAAUUGACUGAUUCAGAUGAUGAAUGGGACUCAGAAGUAGACGAAGCAUUAAUAAACCAUUUCUACCCUGAGUUAAAUUCCAGUGAUGAAUUGACCCUACAGCAGAAAGUCAAACUCAAGCAGCAAAUCUUAAACGAUUUGAAAGAAAAGGAAGAGCUGUAUGAAACCUUGGAAGGUUCGCCAGAGGAGCAAAAUCUGGAUGGACAAUUCAACCUAGGUGAACUAAUAAGUAGUAUUGAUAGGAAACCAAAGAAGAAAAUGUUGAAAGCCCGUUUUUCAGAUAACCUUCUAGAAGAAUACGGUUUGGAAAGCUAUCAAACUAACGAUAAAGAGUAUAAACUUGCCGGGCGCAAGAAGGGGCUUUCUGAUUUAAAGGAUGACUUUAUUAUUGGUCGGCACGAAAGCGCCACAUCAGCACGAAAGCUUACGGAAGAGGAAAUUGUUAUUGAGAAUGAGAGAAAGAAGAAGAUUGAGCAACAGAAGUUUUACAAUGAAGUUAAAAAGAAAUUUGGAGAUGAAACUAAUCAACUGAAGGUUGUUGAUAUCAAUAACUUCAAAGGGGACGAGGACCAGUUGCAUAGGUUGAAUGAGAGAAUAGGAAAGAAGAAAGUGGAAGAUACAUUGGAUGACGAUCUAGAAGAACUUCUAAAUUUAAAACUCACAGAAUCAAAUGAUGAAGCACCCCAAAAGUCUACUUUCACCCCUUCUGGACUACCAAAGAGAGCACCUGUGAAGCUGACUGGUGUCAAUGAUGUAGACUUUCUAGAUGCAUUACUAAAAUAG